UUACACGAACGGCCAAUGUUUACAAUCAGUUCCCCUUCAUGUUUCUCUCCGCGACGUCCUGCUCCGCCUCUUUUCAGGAAGUCGGCCCCUUUUAAUCCGUCUCAGGGCGCUGGAGAGACCCUCUAUAUCCGGCGACGUAGCCAACUGCUGCGGGACAGUGCGCGGGAGGAGGACGGGACAGCGGUGCGUAAUUACCUGCGUCUGAGACUCUCCUUACUCCAGCAGCGCUACGGAGUCACCCUCGACCAACUCAGCCUGAAAAGCCGGCCUUCAAGCUUGAGGUCGGCAUCCCGUCUCACAGUAGAGGGUGAUUCACCUCGCAUGAGUAGAAGCAUGAGCUUAGCGAUGUCACAGGCUGGAGGACAGAGCAUAGAGGGACCCCAUGGGCCUCCCCAGCCAGGAACCGUUGUGCCAACACAGCGUGCCGAAGCAUCAAAGGCCAUUGUUGGGGGUAAAUCUAUUGGAGAGAAUUAUGCUUUCUCAGGAGUCCACCAUAUUUUUGACCAGCACACAGAUAGUGUCACAAUGGUUAAAUUUGCACACAACGACCAGGGCCUCCUAGCCUGCUCCUCAUUGGAUGGAACACUCUCUAUAUGCCAAGUAGCCGAGGGACAGCCUCGUGUCCUUCAUACUCUGCGUCACCACAAUGCAGGAGUCACAGGCUUUGAUUGGUCGUCAACAAAUGACCUCCUGCUGUCUGGGGGAGAGGAUGGGGUGGUGUGUCUCUGGAGUUCAUCGAGUGGAGAAUGUCUGCGCACUGUUAGCGACCAGUCUGGGGCCAAUGUUCUAUCCUGCGUCUUUCACCCCUUCAAUUCCAAUUGGGCUGUUGUAGGUAAUAGUAAUGGACUAGUACAAGUCCUGAAUAUGUCAACUGGCCAUUAUCCAAAGGGAGGAACAAGCAAGGUAGCAGGCCAAGUAACGGCACUAAAUUUUGACUCCUCUGGCAAGACGCUCUGGGCUGGUGAUGAUAAGGGAACGAUUGUGUCGUUUCUUUUCGACCUUGGGAGUGGAUGUCUUAAGAAGGGCAAGAGGUGUGUGGUGCAAGAAGGCGCUGCCAUUACCAGCCUGUCUGCACGCACGUGGGCAAGCAGAGAGGCUCCCAACCCAACUCUCCUCGUCAGUGCAAGCUGCAAUGCUUUGCUGCUGUACAGAGUGGCAGACAAAGAUGGUGGCUUGCGGUUGAGACGUAAAUUUAAUGUGGCUCACAUGUACCAGCCGGUGAGGUCGACCUUCUGCCCCCUCAUGUCCUUUAGGCAAGGAGCCUGUGUAGUUACUGGCUGUGAAGACUGCAGCGUCCUGUUCCUUGACGUAGAGCGAGACCAGCGCCCCCUCAUCAAUCGCCUGCAGGGUCAUGCAGCUCCUGUUCUUGGCGUGAGCUUCAACUACGACGAGUCUCUCCUCGCCACAUCAGAUGCCACGGGCCUUGUCAUUGUCUGGAAGAGACAGUAGCUAGGGUGGAAAGAGUGAGAGUGUGUGUGUGUGUGUGUGUGUGUGUGUGUGUGUGUGUGUGUGUGUGUGUGUGUGUGUGUGUGUGUGUGUGUGUGUGUGUGUGUGUGUGUGUGUGUGUGUUUGUGCGCUUCAUGUGAGUGUGGGUGUAAGAGUAAGAGUGCGAGUGCAUGUGCGUGUGCGGGUGCGAGUGUGAGGGUGAGAGCGAGUGGGUGUGUAUGUGUACAUGCAUGUGAGUGUGUGUGUGUGAGUGUGAGUGUGAGUGAGAAUGUGGGUGGAUGUGGAUAUGGAUGGGGAUGUAGAUGUAAGUGUGGGUUUGAGUGUAGAAGUGUCUGCAUCCGUCAAUGUGGAGAACCCAGGAAGUUUCUUCUGUACAGAUGAUUAUAUUGUUAUAGGAGGUAAAAAGUUUUGUUGAAGUCUUGUGAUUCUGAAGAGAUUAGGACAAUAUUUUGUGAUAGCUUGAUGAAUAUGUACAAAAUCUUGUCUUUAGGACUUUGGGGCUUGCUGUAGCAGAAAAAGCAUCUCUGCUACAGAAGUGAGGAUGGUAAUGUCAAUGGAAAUAAUGGGUAAAAUGUCAAUAUUCGUAAGAGAGGAAGUGGAGUGUGUGGAUUUGUUCGCACAAUACAGACAUCUUUUGUAUUAGUAUCAAUUCUCUUUUAUAGGUUGUGAUCUAGUGUUUUAAUUGCUUACUUCAGAGAAAUGAAUUUUCUGUGAAGGAAUGUGGCAUGAAUAUUUGAUGGUCGAAUUUUUACUGCCUAAAUACUUUUAAUAAUUUAUGCAGUUCAUUCCAUUGAAAAUAUAUAUUAAUAACAUUCCCUUAUAUGAACAAAGUUGUAUAUGACUCAGAUAUAAGGAUCAAAGCCUUUUAACUAAUGUAUAUUGUUAUGGGUUUAUUAUAUACAAUAGGUAGGGUUGAAGAGUCAAAAAAAUAAAACAUUGGUAAUGCCGUUUUCCUGUCCAGGCUUGUACUAAUAGUAUACAGUGUCUGCAGGGAAUAACUUUGUCCUGAGAUAAUUCUCCACAAUGUUUUUACACUUAGAGUUUAUGAGAAAGAGGCCUUACUCUUAGGCAGUGAUCCAAUAGCUGUCCGUCCUCUUGCCUUUUAAGAAAGUGGUUUGUUUGUCGAUGUUCGAAUGGUCGCCUUGGGAUGCAGAGGAAAAACGAAGACUGAUCUUUGGAAAAGUGCCAAUUUUUUUCUUAACAGGAUAUGGAGAAAUAUAUAUAUAUUUUUUUUGUGGUCUGGUAAAAGAUCAGAACAAUAGGAUUUAUGGUGACGAUGUACUGUGCUUGUAAUGCUAGGAUAGCCUUGCUCAUGUCUUGUUUCUAAAGAGAAUUAACCAACACAAAAAAAUUUUCAUACUGUGAUUGAAAGGUCAUUGCUUAUGCAGGGUAAAAUGCGUGGUGUAGUUGUAGAUGUAUCUGUUAAAACUAUGUAGCGGAUAUUUGAACAGAAAUAUAUCUUUUAUGGGAUGACAGAGACUAAAAAUGAUUUGUUGCACUUUAUUUCAAGAUAUUAAGACAAUACAGAGAGAUGUAUUUAUGUUAUUAAAUAAAUAAUGCCAAGAACUCACUGUUAAGAAAAUAA